UGGCAGACUUACUUGUCAAUGUUGAUUUCUGUAAAUUUUAUUGAAAUAGCGAUUAUUUUAUUUUAUUCAGCUUUAAAAGUAGUGGAAACUGUCGUAGAAAUUUGGGUUAAAUAAAAUUGGUGUUUGGUGUGGUGAUCAAUUGUGAUAUUAGUGUACAUUCGGCCAAUGAGUAUCAUAGACGAUCGGUAACAUUAUCUUGAAUCGAUUUAGCUACGAAAAUACUUGAAGUUUACCGUGAAUACAUUAUCGCUAUGUCAACAAACUCAUGAGCGUGUAAUUAUCUAAAGGAGCAACGAUGUCUCUGGAGCGCGAGGGCGCAGCGCCCAUGCCGCUGCCGCUGCCGGCGGGCGGCUCCAGCGACCCGCGCUCGCAGCUGCUGCAGGAAAUGCGGGAGCAGAACUUCGACCUCAUCCGCUUCGCCUCGUACCGGACCGCCUGCAAGCUCCGAUACGUGCAAAAGAAGUGCAACUUGCACGUGAUAGACAUAUGGAACGUGAUAGAGGCGUUUCGCGAGAACGCUCUCAACACUUUGGAACCUACAGCGUGUGUCAACGUCACGCGACUAGAGACGCUAGUAUCGUCACUAUACCACAACUUGAACAAGCGCCUGCCGCCGGCGCACCAGGUGUCCGUCGAGGCGUGUUCCGCUCUGCUUCUCAACUGGCUAUUAUCCGCCUACAGCACCGGGGAGAAUGUAGGCAAGAUAAGAGUGUUCUCAAUCAAAGUCGCUCUAGCAACUAUGUGCGCUGGCAAACUAAUGGACAAGCUGAGGUAUAUAUUCUCCCAGCUCUCGGAUGGCAAUGGACACCUACUUAUGAAGAGGCUAUCGGAUUACCUAAGAGAAGUUUUGGCGUUACCAGCCGCUGUGUACGAAUCGCCUUCUUUCAGCUAUAACGACUCUCUAGCCUUGUCUAUAUUCAAUCAGAACGUGAAAAUAACUGUGAAUGAUUUCCUGGACACCCUUAUGUCGGACCCUGGGCCUCCGUGCCUGGUCUGGCUACCGUUGCUGCACCGACUCGCCAGUGUCGAAAAUGUGGUGCACCCACUAGCCUGCAGCGCGUGCCGCCGCUCCUCGCUGACCGGCUUCCGGUACCGCUGCACGCGCUGCGCCAACUACACGCUCUGCCAGGACUGCUUCUGGCGCGGCCGCGUGUCCGGCACACACACCAACGAGCACGAGGUCAAGGAGUACGCCGCUUACAAGUCCCCGUCGAAGCAGAUAGGCGCGACGCUCCGCAAGUCGUUCCGCUGCGUGCCGGAGCGCGCGCGGCCGCAGCUGCCGCGGUACCCCGACCAGCCGGAGCGGACGCUCAACCUCAGCCACAUAGUGCUAGCGGUGUGGGCCCGUCGUAAGUCCCCGUCGAAGCAGAUAGGCGUGACGCUCCGCAAGUCUUUUCGCUGCGUGCCGGAGCGCGCGCGGCCGCAGCUGCCGCGGUACCCCGACCAGCCGGAGCGGACGCUCAACCUCAGCCACAUAGUCCCGCCAUCCCCAGUACCAGCACACAACGGGUUCCCAGAGUAUGCACCGGGAUACGUCAACACAGGCUCCUUAGACUCCCGGUCUUCCCGCUCCACUCACCGCAGCAUCGCGGAACAUCUGUCCCGGGGAGGAGACGACGAGCACCGGCUCAUAGCGAGAUACGCGGCGAGAUUGGCCCAUGAGAAUAGGACUAUGCCCAGAGCAGGAAGGUCCGCGUCCUUGACACCUGAACUGGGCCGGUCGUCGUCCGAAGGUUCCGAAGUGGACGCGGCGAGGCAGCAACGCGAGCUGAUAUCCCAGCUCGAAGCCAAGAACAGGGAGAUCAUGAGGGAGAUCGCCAGGCUCAGGCGGCAACAAGAGGCCGAGGCGAGCGCAGGCGCGUCAGGCACGCCAGGCUCCGCCCCACCGCUAGUGUCAGAACUGCGAGCGCUGCGCCAGCGCAAGGACGAGCUGGAGGGCCACCUGUCCUCGCUGCAGGAGUCGCGCAAGCAUCUCAUGCAGCAGCUCGAGGGGCUCAUGAGGAUGCUCAAGGUCAGUGUCGGAGCUGCGAGCGCAAGGACGAGCUGGAGGGCCACCUGUCCUCGCUGCAGGAGUCGCGCAAGCACCUCAUGCAGCAGCUCGAGGGGCUCAUGAGGAUGCUCAAGGUCAGUGUCGGAGCUGCGAGCGCAAGGACGAGCUGGAGGGCCACCUGUCCUCGCUGCAGGAGUCGCGCAAGCACCUCAUGCAGCAGCUCGAGGGGCUCAUGAGGAUGCUCAAGGUCAGUGUCGGAGCUGCGAGCGCAAGGACGAGCUGGAGGGCCACCUGUCCUCGCUGCAGGAGUCGCGCAAGCACCUCAUGCAGCAGCUCGAGGGGCUCAUGAGGAUGCUCAAGGUCAGUGUCGGAGCUGCGAGCGCAAGGACGAGCUGGAGGGCCACCUGUCCUCGCUGCAGGAGUCGCGCAAGCACCUCAUGCAGCAGCUGGAGGGGCUCAUGAGGAUGCUCAAGGUCAGUGUCGGAGCUGCGAGC